AAAGCACACAAUCCCGACGCCAAACCCCGCAAAGUGGUCAACAAAUUCCGGUGCGAAUGGACGGGUUGUGCGAAGGCUUUCCAGACAAGGGGUUUCCUGACCGCUCACGUCCGUCAGGUGCACACCGAUGAGCGCCCCUUUGAAUGCCCUCAAUGUGGCCGUCGAUUCUCUAAUAACCAAUACCUUCAGCACCACAUUAAGUGCCACUCAAGCGAUAAGCCAUUCAAAUGCCAAUACCCGGGCUGUGAGUACAGCACUCACCAGAAGGCCAGUCUCGACGUCCAUCACGAACGGCACGACACGACCACCGCUUACAAGUGUCCCGAAGAGGGAUGUAAUAAGAGUUUUGCCGUUAAACUCGCGUUGAAUGUACACAUAAAGGGCUGUCAUCCGGCCGGCGGACGGCCGUAUGUAUGCGAUUGGCCCGGAUGUGAGGCCAGCUAUAAAAACAUGCCGAUGUAUAAGCGCCACAAGAAUACCCAUUUGGGUGUCAAACAGUUUGUGUGCGAUAUAGAGGGUUGUGGUAAAGGUUGGCCCGCAUGUGAACACCGCUUCGGCAGCAAUGAUAAGCUCGUGGACCACAUGAACGCACAUCAGGGCCUCCGAGUGGUCGAGUGUCCGGUCGAGGGUUGCGAUAAGACAUUCACCGGUAAGCCAUCGGGCCUCCGAGUGGUCGAGUGUCCGGUCGAGGGUUGCGAUAAGACAUUCACCGGUAAGCCAUCGGUUAGACAACACUUAAAACAAGUCCAUAAGUAUAAGACCACUGAAGGACUUAUGCCUCACAUUAAAUGA